ACUUGAAAUGACAUUAUUCUGAUUGCCAAAGAAAUCAAGAAAAGAAGGCCAACAUACUCCAAACUUCCCAUUCGGAUUCCCCAACACACCUGCAAUGAGGAAGUUGAUACCAAAGUUCAUCUUCAUCACCCUAUCUGUUGUUUACUGCUUUUUAGCCGUUGUCGACGGCACGACGAUUGUCAGAACAUUCAGUAUGCAAUACAACACAUUUAAUGCAUCACACUAUAACAUCUUUGAGGUUAUAAAGCCUGCGACUAUCAGCAACAAUGCCCUUCAGUUGACUCCGGAUUACGCCUCGCCCGAUUUCGACAUGUACAUGACUUACAAUUCAGCAAGAAUCCUCCUGAAGCAGCCUUUCAAGCUGUGGGACGACCAUGCAGGAAAAACUCACCUGGCAUCUUUUAAUACUUCCUUUCUGAUCAAUGUUUACAGGCUUAGAAAUGAUACGGCAGGCGAAGGUUUGGCUUUCGUGAUUGCCCCGGACCUCCUCCUGCCUCCCAACAGCUUUGGCCACUUUCUUGGCCUGACGAAUUCGAUAACGGAUAAAAGUGACAGCAACAAGUUGGUAGCUGUGGAGUUCGACACGUUCAAACAGUCCUUUGAUCCCGAUGACAACCAUGUGGGCAUUGAUGUUAACAGCAUCAGGUCCAUCAAGACCGAGUAUUUGACGCCCCAUAACAUUACGAUUGCCCCCAUAGGAGCCAAGUUUUACAAUGUUUGGGUGGACUACGAUGGCCUAAACAUGGUCAUUGAUGUGUAUAUCGUAGAACAGGCAACGCGUAACGGUGCAACCCCAAUGAAGCCUAGCUCCCCCAUAUUGUCAGCUUAUUUGAACCUGAGAGAUUAUGUAAAUCAGCAUUCUUACUUUGGGUUCUCAGCAUCUACAGGGAAUGAAUCCCAAUUGAACUGUGUCUUGCGGUGGAAUUUGACUGUUCACUACUUACCUUCUGGAAAAAGGCUUGAUAUAUGGCAGAAGAUAGUGCUGGCGGCUGGGAUGGCGGCACUGGCACUGGUCGGUGCAGCCGGGUUCAGAUGUCUUUUCCACAAACAGAGGGCAGCAUCCUCAAAGAGCAACCUGCUAGGGAGACUCAAAUGUCUGCCUGGAACGCCGAGGGAGUUCAAAUUCAGGGACUUGAAAAAGGCAACAAACAGUUUUGAUAAGAAAAGCAAGCUUGGACAGGGAGGUUUUGGAGUGGUGUACAGAGGGAUGUUGGCUAAGGAGAAUACAGAAAUUGCAGUAAAGUGGUUUUCCAGGGAAAGUAUUAAAGGGCAGCAUGAUUUCUUGGCCGAGCUUACCAUUAUCAAUCGUCUCCGGCACAAGCAUCUUGUCAAAUUACUUGGAUGGUGCCACAAGAAUGGGAAGCUACUACUCGUCUACGAGUACAUGCCGAAUGGCAGCCUAGACCAGCACCUGUUUGUUGGCCCAAACAAAGAGGCUCUGGAAUGGAAUCUCCGGCGCAAAAUCGUUUCAGGGGUUGCUUCAGCCUUGAACUAUCUUCACAACGAAUAUGACCAGAGGGUGGUACACCGAGACCUUAAAGCCAGCAACAUUAUGCUUGAUUCCGAAUUCAACGCCCGGCUGGGUGAUUUUGGCCUUGCAAGAGCAUUGGACAAUGAGAAGACCUCGUAUGCAGAGGCUGAGGGAGUGCUAGGCACAAUUGGAUACAUUGCCCCGGAAUGUUUCCUUACGGGAAAAGCCACACAACUGUCUGAUGUAUAUGCUUUUGGGGCUGUGUUGCUGGAAGUAGUCUGCGGCCAGCGGCCCGGUACCAAAAUUGCUGGCUUCCAAUUCUUGGUUGAUUGGGUUUGGCUGCUGCACAGGGACGGCAGAUUACUUGAAGCUGUGGAUCAGAGGUUGGGCGAUGAUUAUAUUGCCGAAGAAGCUCAGAGGCUGCUUCUGCUAGGAUUGGCAUGUUCACAUCCUAAUGCGAAUGAGAGGCCUAAUGCACACGCUAUCCUUCAGAUCAUAUCAGGGACGGCGCCGAUGUCUACCGUUCCGCCUUUCAAGCCGGCGUUCAUAUGGCAUGCAGGCGGACCGGGGGAUAUGGAUUCUGUUAACACAAUGUCAAUUACAAGUUCAAGUCUUGUUUCAGAAUGGAGUCCACUGGAAUCUAUACAGAGUGUGUAAUGAUGGAGACAUCAACUCUCUUAGUAUAGUGUGUCUGAAUGGGAAAAGACUAUGUGCAGUAUGUGUUCCUUGUUCACUUAAUCUUUCUCCUUAUUGUUAC